AUCAAGGCAGGUGGGGGACUUCACCGCCUUCUCUUUCGAGUCCUGCCUUUCUCAGUCCGGGUGAAGAUUCCCAGGGAAUUUAGAGCGCGGUUUUGUUUCUCCCUUGUAUUGCAGAUAGGGGGAGGAGGUGGUUAUUAGAAGCUCUUCCUCUCUCGGUUCCCCUCUCCGCCUGACAGCACCGCUCUCUUGCGGACUUGCUUCUCCUAGGUGAUCCAUUUCUAGGCAACGCGGGGCUGCAGCGGAGCUCGCCGGGCUGCCGCUGGCUCCCCGCAUCCCGCCGGGCGAGCGGCUCCGGAGCCUCCUGCGCCGCGGCUCCGCGCGCCGGCCUGGCCCGCGGCUCGCUCCCGGCGGACUCCCCCGCCACCGCGCCCGCGGAGCGGCUCGGGCCCGCCGCGCCAGCUCCGGCGCCCGCCUCGCGCGCAGGGGCCGUCUUCUCUGCAUCCCUCUCCGCAUCACCUUCAAGUUCACUUUUCCCACCCCUCCCGGAGCGGGCCUCCCCCUCCCCGCUGAAGCCGGCGGCUCGCUCGCGUCCUCCUCGGCGCCCGCGGCUCCGAGGGCUGGCCGCGAGGCGCCACGACCGCGCGCGGCCCGGGCGGAGGGGCUCGGCGGCGGGGGAGGGCGCGGGCACAUCCGGCGCGGGGGUGCCCAAGUUGCGGCGGAGCCGGGACCCGCCACCGCGGCCCCCGCGCGGCCAGGGCCAGCGUCCGAGCGCCAGCCUCGCCCCCUGUCCGAGAACAGCCAAGGCUGGAGACGGUUUUUAAAAGCCCAACUGCAAACAACUCUGGCGAUGCCAAAAUUCCCCUCCGAGUGACAGGGCUCGGGAGGAGGCUGCCUCCGGCUGUGCUGGCUCUCGGGUCGCCUGUGCCUCCUCGGCGACUAGGAAAGGCUGCGCUCCGGCCAGAGGGAUUUGGAAAUUGCGGGGGAAGCUGCACCCAACUCUACCGUGACCUCAAACUCUGUGGACCGGCUACAAGAUUAUCUACGUAAUUGGAAGCAAAGUCCUGGUCAAGGAGGAUCGGCGUCGGAGGAUGGAAGUUUUCCCCUUGCUCUUGUUUCUGUCCCUCUGGUGGUCUCGAACCUGGGACGUGGCGACCGCCGAUUCCAUCAUCCACAUCGGAGCAAUUUUUGAUGAAUCCGCUAAAAAGGAUGAUGAAGUAUUCCGCACAGCUGUUGGUGACCUCAACCAGAAUGAGGAAAUAUUACAGACUGAGAAAAUCACAUUUUCAGUGACAUUUGUUGAUGGUAACAACCCUUUUCAAGCUGUUCAAGAAGCAUGCGAACUUAUGAACCAGGGCAUCUUGGCCCUGGUGAGCUCCAUUGGUUGCACAUCAGCUGGGUCCCUUCAGUCCUUGGCAGAUGCCAUGCACAUCCCACACCUCUUCAUUCAGCGCUCAACAGCUGGGACCCCAAGAAGUGGCUGUGGCCUCACCCGGAGCAGCAGGAAUGAUGACUACACUCUUUCAGUUCGUCCGCCUGUCUACUUGAAUGAAGUCAUCCUAAGAGUAGUCACAGAGUACGCAUGGCAGAAAUUCAUUAUCUUCUAUGACAGUGAAUAUGAUAUCCGUGGGAUUCAGGAGUUUCUGGACAAAGUCUCCCAGCAGGGAAUGGAUGUUGCUCUUCAAAAAGUAGAAAACAACAUCAAUAAAAUGAUCACGACCCUGUUUGACACCAUGAGGAUAGAGGAGCUGAACCGCUACCGGGAUACUCUUAGGAGAGCCAUCCUCAUAAUGAACCCUGCUACAGCCAAAUCCUUUAUAAGUGAGGUGGUGGAGACAAAUCUGGUUGCUUUUGACUGUCACUGGAUCAUUAUAAAUGAGGAAAUAAAUGAUGUGGAUGUCCAGGAACUUGUCAGAAGGUCCAUCGGAAGGUUAACAAUUAUCCGGCAGACAUUUCCAGUCCCCCAGAAUAUAAGUCAGCGCUGUUUCCGUGGCAACCAUCGGAUCUCUUCAACGCUGUGUGAUCCCAAGGAUCCCUUUGCGCAGAAUAUGGAGAUUUCUAACCUCUACAUCUACGACACGGUGCUGCUGCUUGCGAAUGCCUUUCAUAAGAAGCUGGAGGACCGCAAGUGGCACAGCAUGGCGAGCUUGUCGUGUAUCCGAAAAAACUCGAAGCCCUGGCAGGGAGGGCGGUCCAUGCUGGAGACCAUCAAGAAGGGUGGAGUUAAUGGAUUGACUGGAGAUCUGGAAUUUGGAGAAAAUGGAGGUAACCCCAAUGUCCACUUCGAAAUCCUUGGAACCAACUAUGGAGAGGAACUUGGCAGAGGUGUCCGUAAACUUGGGUGCUGGAAUCCUGUCACGGGUCUGAAUGGGUCACUGACUGACAAGAAGCUGGAGAAUAACAUGCGGGGCGUGGUUCUUCGUGUGGUGACUGUUCUGGAGGAACCUUUCGUAAUGGUCUCUGAAAACGUCCUGGGAAAGCCGAAGAAGUACCAGGGCUUCUCCAUUGAUGUUUUGGAUGCCCUCUCUAACUACUUGGGUUUUAACUAUGAAAUUUAUGUUGCACCGGAUCACAAAUAUGGAAGCCCACAAGAAGAUGGGACAUGGAAUGGAUUAGUAGGAGAGCUUGUUUUUAAGAGAGCUGACAUCGGGAUUUCUGCUUUAACCAUCACUCCAGACCGUGAGAAUGUUGUGGAUUUUACAACACGGUACAUGGACUACUCGGUGGGGGUCCUACUUCGAAGGGCAGAAAAAACAGUGGAUAUGUUUGCCUGUCUUGCACCAUUUGAUCUGUCUCUGUGGGCCUGCAUUGCGGGCACAGUCCUUCUGGUGGGACUCCUUGUCUACCUCUUGAACUGGCUUAAUCCCCCACGAUUGCAAAUGGGAUCAAUGACAUCUACCACACUCUACAACUCCAUGUGGUUUGUUUAUGGGUCCUUUGUACAGCAAGGCGGGGAAGUCCCAUACACAACUCUGGCAACCCGGAUGAUGAUGGGGGCAUGGUGGUUAUUUGCUCUGAUUGUCAUCUCAUCGUAUACAGCAAACCUUGCCGCUUUCCUCACCAUCACCCGCAUUGAGAGCUCCAUCCAGUCUCUUCAAGAUCUGUCAAAGCAAACAGAUAUCCCUUACGGCACAGUUUUGGACUCUGCAGUAUAUCAGCAUGUCCGCAUGAAAGGGCUGAAUCCAUUUGAGAGAGACAGCAUGUAUUCCCAGAUGUGGCGAAUGAUCAACCGAAGCAAUGGGUCGGAGAACAAUGUUCUGGAGUCCCAAGCAGGCAUUCAAAAGGUAAAAUAUGGAAACUAUGCUUUUGUGUGGGACGCGGCUGUGUUGGAGUAUGUGGCUAUUAAUGACCCAGACUGCUCCUUCUACACUGUGGGAAACACUGUUGCCGACCGCGGGUAUGGCAUCGCGCUGCAGCACGGCAGCCCCUACCGAGACGUCUUCUCACAGAGGAUCCUGGAGCUGCAGCAGAGUGGCGACAUGGACAUUCUCAAGCACAAGUGGUGGCCUAAGAAUGGCCAGUGUGACCUGUACUCCUCAGUAGAUGCAAAGCAGAAGGGAGGAGCCCUGGACAUCAAGAGCCUGGCAGGCGUGUUCUGCAUCCUGGCGGCGGGGAUUGUGCUCUCCUGCCUCAUAGCGGUGCUGGAGACAUGGUGGAGCAGGAGGAAGGGCUCCCGGGUCCCAUCCAAAGAGGCUCCAGCCCUGCAAAACGAAACUGCAAUGUCUGAAGGAAGCAAUGCUUGGCCAUUAAGGCCAUGUUUGAAGCUUGGCAGUAAUAACUGGAAAAACCAGGCAUCCAGCCAUGGCCUACACCACUCGGCACAAUUAGGAAGGCCUCUUGAUGACCCGUAAUCUCUACCAUCUCUGGAGCUGCUGAGCCCUUACCCACUUCUUGAUUUCAGGACUCGUUUGAUCCUGAGGACCACAAACUGGUGAGCUGAUAUACUGUCUCCUAAAUUUGAAAUUCUUCUUCCAUUCAAGAAGCUAUCUUCACCAGGCUGUGACACCUGCUACACUUACCCCCCGGGAGGGUAGCAAAUGGCUGCUGCUUUCUGCCACAGGUCCUGAAUGUUGCCUGGGCCAGCCCAUUAGCCUGGGAAGGAUGAUCCUUGUUCAUCGCGGACUGUUUGUGGACCGUCCUGGUCGAAAGCACUCGCAGUGAGGUCCAAGUUGGAAUCACAGCAGUGCUAUCCCCAGCUUGUACCUCUUCGAGAUUCACCCGGGUCCUCAGACUUCGGAUGCGCAGGAUACAGGGAGAUGAGAGGACCAAGGAGAAUGUGCCUUGGCAAACUUAACCAGAGAGAAAGAGAGCCCUCUUCUAACCCUCACCUAACCAGCUGUGACUGUGAUUAAUCACAUUUUGCCAUAGAUUUCUCUCCAUAUUGCUAAAAUAAUGCCAUUUUUAUAUUUACCACAGGUCUAAUUUUCUCCAUGCUAAAAGACAUUGCCUUUACUCAGAGACUAAAAUGUAUACAUUUUACAAGAAUUCUUGGCUAAUGGAGAGCCCUUAACCUGAAUCCAUAAAAAGUUGAUUUUUUUUUCACUGUAAACAAGGGUCACUUAGAUGCUGUUCUCCAAGGUUGUUUCACCUUCGUGUAAAUGAUUGAGUUUUCCCAGGUCCAUUCCAUACAGACAAUCUCUUACAAACAACAUUCCAAAGCAGUUUAUGAAGUAUGCAGAGCCCUUGUGAACUCGGCUUUUGUAAGGAUCUAGCACUGCACUGAAUUCUGGGAACACAAUGAAUGAGUCAGAUUCUUACCCCCAAGAAGCUUGCAUUCCAGUGAGGAGGCCAGAUGAGUCAGCCCAGUGAGUCUGUAGCAGUGGAACGAUAGCCAUGAGAACUCCACCCAGGGAGCCCGGGACAACUCCUAGAGGAUCUAAUGUACAAAGCCGAAAGUCAGCGCGCAGACAUCCUGCCCCUUCAGAGCCUCCGCAAGCAGUGACCCAGUGGUCACUAGUCACUGAAGCACUGGUUCUAAGCCACCUGACUUGUAAACAAAUUAUAUGUCUACUUACACUUUUCCCAAUCUGCAAUCAAACUGAAAACUCUCCUGCAGUAGCUUACAGGUGAAAAGCAGACUGUGAAGUCAGAAGAAAUGUUACCAAGUUUGAGUCCUGCUAUUUACUAUGACUGAGGGCAAAUUACACUCUGUGGUCUUUGGUGUCUAUCUUUGAAAAAAAUAAAAGCAUUAUCUACUGUUCCUACCUCACAAGGUUGUUGUGAGAAGUGAAACUGUAUGUGACAGCACCUUCUUAGCUGCCAGUUUUAACCGUAGGUUCUUCAUCCUUACUACUAAGUACAAUACCAGCAUUUAUCACAAGGACAUGCUCUUAUCCAGCCUUUACCCUGAAUAAUGGAAUGGUACAAUGACGAUCAAGGUUCAAGGUCAUUCCCUCCUGAUUUCAACUUGGAAAUGCUUAUGCUUUCCAGAAUGACAAAGGUAAAGGAGCAAAGCCAGGACCCUAGUGCCACACAGACACUCCACCGUUAACACACAGCUAUACACAGACCACCAGCUUCCUUCAUAAAAGGCUAUCCCUAAGGCUCAUGACAGAGAACUUAUCCUUGGUUCCAGAAAACUAGUCACACUGUGGGAGUUUAUGGUAACACCUGGCCACCAUUGCCCAAAGAACAACCAAACUUUUGGAUGGAGACCAGACCUCCCAAAAUAAAAUGAGAUUGUUCAUUAGCUCAGAUAAAUAAAAUACCACUGACCAUGACUGCCUGAACAAGUGGGCUAUCAGGGGAAAUCCCUAGAUAUUAAUUAAAGCAAGAAUAUGGUGUCAUGUUUCUUCUCUUAUCAUUUUAUACCUCUCAUCAACUUAGCUUUUAGGAUUAUGAUUUUUGUCUACUCCCUAGCUUUUAGGAUUAUGAUUUUUGUCUACUCCCUCUCUGUCCAAUAGACUGUUGAAAAAGUUUGCUUCUGAUUACAAGUCUCAAAUAUCCCAAUUACACACACACACAGGCACAAGUACACUCACAAACAGGCACAUGAACAAACACACAGGCACAAGCACAUAUGCACAUGUACACACAGAGGCAAAGGCAUACAUGCACACAUCACAUCAUAAAGCUGUGGAACAGGGUGGAAAAUACCGCCCAUUUUCUUGGCUAUCUUCAUGGAUGAGCCUGACUGGACUUUACUUCUGUUGAUUUAAAAUGGACUCUGAACAGCUGAUCUAAUUUGAAUUCAGUAUAGCUGAAUGUGUCCAGGAUAAAUCCCCGACUAUUUCUGGCUUACAUAGAAAUAGAAAUUACAAUUUGACGAAACCACUGAUACCCUACAAUCCUUUAUCAAAGAGAGAGCUUUCCUCUCAAAAUCCAUGAGCUUCUUCAAAUCUUAGAACCCAGCACCACCUUCCCCAAGAAUAGCUUAAAAUCUGUAUCAGUUAUCUUGGGUCAAUAGAACAAUGAUUAUGUAGAAAAACAACUGAUAAAAUUGCUAUCCGGAACAGUAACAAACCUCAAAUAGAAAGCUUUCCAUUGUAAUCAAUCCUGGAGCAAGGAAAAAAAGUAAUGAAUAAAAAAAAAAUAAUUAGUGGUGAUCUCAGUUUUCAUUUUUUUUUAAAUAUAGCAUAAGAAAUAGUCAACAAUCUCUUCAUGGAUGGGUGUGAGGUUAGCUAACCAAAUACAGCAUUCAGUGAUUUGAAAAAUCUUUAAGACACUGAUACUGCAGUUUCAGUACCUAAAGCAAGUUGAAAAUUUAAAACAAUGCCCACUAUUAUAGUUCGUAAUCACCACUUGCUUUGGGAAGAAAGCCAGGCAGACUCAAAGCAACAGCCACCCAAGGUCAGAGGCAUUGGGCCAAAGGAUCCAGCAAAGAGCAGACCCAAGCCAGAAGGGAAAGCUGUCACAGGAAUGGCAGCCCGUACUUAUGAAACAAGACAUUCUGCAGGUCACGGGGGUGGAGGAAGGACACACAGAGCCAGGCAGGGAGGCAAAUUAAGAUGUGGUAACAGGUACCAGAGACGAAGACUAGGCAGAAGGUGUAUCAUCCAUGCCACAUAACAUUUGUCUCACAGUAGCCUUUCCUGUGACUUCCAGGAUCAUGUCAUAAUUCCUUUCUAAGAAAUAAAACCCUCACUAUUACUGAUGUUGCUUAACUUAGGCAACCCAGAAUAGAAAACCCUUCCUUAUCCCAGACAUAGGCGUACAUGUUUACAUCCUGGCUGAUGUAAUUUUCUUUUCCAGAGAUUUUUAAUUUGUUCAUAAAUCCUUAAUGUUA